UGGUCUUAACCGACUCCCUAUCUGCCUGAAAUUGGGCCCCGAGCUUGGGGAGAAGGCCAAGCCGCCCGAGUGUCAUAGGCCGGGGACGGGAUGACAUCACAGCUGCUCCCGCGGCUCCCCUAGGCCUCGAGGUCUUCUGGGGCUCUCAAAAUGUUUGCCAAAGCAACAAGGAAUUUUCUUAAAGAAGUCGAUUCUGGAGGUAACCUGAUUGCAGUAUCAACCUUGAAUGACUCUGAUAAAUUACAACUUCUAAGUCUGGUGACCAAAAAGAAGAGAUACUGGUGCUGGCAGAGACCCAAAUACCAGUUUCUCUCUGUCACCCUUGGAGAUGUGCUCACAGAUGACCAGUCUCUGAGUCCAGUGGUCGUGGAGUCGGACUUUGUGAAAUACGAGGGCAAGUUUCAAAACCAUGUGAGUGGGUCCAUCGAGACGGCACUAGGGAAGGUCAAGCUGAAUGUCGGAGGCAAAGGCCUUGUGGAAAGCCAGUCUUCAUUUGGAACCCUGAGGAAGCAGGAGGUGGACUUGCAGCAGCUCAUCAGAGACUCCGCUGAGAGAGCGAUAAAUCUGAGAAAUCCUGUGCUGCAGCAGGUGCUGGAGAGGAAGCAUGAAGUCCUGUGCGUCCUGACACAGAGGAUCGUGACGACGCAGCAGUGUGUGAUCUCGGAGCACGUCCAGGUGGAGGAGAGGUGCGGCGGCAUGGUGGGGAUCCAGACCAAGACCGUGCAGGUGUCCGCGAAGGAGGACGGGAAUGUCAUCAAGGACACCAACGUGGUGCUGGAAAUCCCAGCUCCGGCCACCAUCGCCUAUGGCAUCAUCGAGUUGUAUGUGAAACCGGAUGGCCAGUUCGAAUUCUGCCUCCUACAAGGGAAGCAUGGUGGCUUCGAGCUUGAAAGACGAGACUCUGUCUUCGUGGACCCUCUGCCCUUUCAAGAGUUUCCAUUUGGGGACCUCCCAGAUGCUGGGCCGGGACCAUCUGCCCUGGAUUGGCCGUUGAGUGUUUUAAAACAAGCGACUCUGCUCUUGGAGAGGAAUUUCCAUCCGUUUGUGGAGCUGCCAGAACAGGAACAGACAGCACUUAGCAACAUCCUCCAGGCGAUCCUGUUUGAUGAAGAAUUGCUUGUGGUCCUGGAACAAGUGUGUGAGGACGUGGUCAGUGGCCUGUCACCUCAAAAGGCAAUACUGGGGGAGCUGAAGCCCCCACAGCAGCAGGACCUCAUGGCUUUCCUGUGUCUGGUGGGGUACAGACUACAGGGCAAGUGUCCAGGCCCAGAGGAUGCAGUCAGCAACCAGAAGCUCUUUUCUACAGCCUACUUCUUGGUCAGUGCACUAGCAGAAAUGCCAGAUAAUGCAGCGGCUCUGCUGGGUGCUUGCUGUAAACUCCAGAUUAUUCCCACGCUGCUUCACUUGCUCCGUGCUCUCUCGGAUGAUGGAGUAUCUGAUCUUGAAAACCCAGUCUUGGCUCCUCUGAAGGAUCCAGAAAGGUUUGGCAUCGUGCAGCAUUUGUUUGCCACAGCUGACAUGGAUCUGGAGAGGCUGCAGUCAUCUGUAAAAGUUAUCACUCAGAAGGACCCCAACAUUUUCCCACUAAUUCUUUAUAUAAGCCUGAAUGGACUUUGUGCUUUAGGCAGAGCACAUUAAUAACAUCAUAUGUGAAUUUAGUACCAAACCAUCAAAGCUAGGUAUUUUUCAGCAUUAUUAAGAUACUACUGAAUUUAGCUACCAGGUACUCUGUAAACUGUUUAUCAUAAGAGUCCAGCAGCACCCCAAGAGCUGAGGAGAAGGGUUGAGAAUUCUAGUGUACAGUCAGAACCCUCUCCUGCAGAAAAAUGCUUCCCUCUGUCACUCUCUUUCUGAUAUCCAAAGACAGAGGGGUUUGACGCUAUGAUCCAAAAAUUCACUUAGGAAGCCAAUUUCUCUUUACAGAGAUGUUUUAGAUGUGCUGAUUGGAAAAAUGAAUUGUAAAUGCCACUACAGUAUACCUACUCCUCUGCUAAACAAAAUGAUAUUAAAAUUGUCUAAUAGCAGGACACCCUUUAGGGGUCUAGCUAUAUGCAUUUCCUUUUUGUCAUGCUUUGAUGAACAUCCCAAUUCUAGGUCUAGAAAAAUGAUUUCCUAUACAUUCUGGAUGUUUAAUUUGUAAAAUACUAUAUCAAAGGAAAACUUUGAACAGUGUAUGUUUUGUAUUUAAUUCUGUCUUCACAGUCUUCUAUAAAAAUAGCUUAGAAUGUCUCUCUACUGCCCUUAAUUCCAUUGCUAAUAUCCACUGGGGACCUGAAAUCACUUAUUUCCCUUAGCAAACAGUAGCUAGGACCUUAUGCCAGAGGUCUGACUUUAGGAGCAGGGAGGAUGAGAAGUCACAGUUGAAGAGAAAUGUUACUCAGCGUAUUUUUUUAAAAAUCUCAUCAUCUACUUGAAGAAAUGAAGCAAAUAACGCUUUGAUCACUUAAAAAGCACUUUAUAGCAAACUAGAAAAAAAUCUGCAGAAAUCUUGCCUUUCUGUCUGACUUUCUGAAAUAAAGUUUUAUCAACAACAGGA